CACAAUCUAGGAGGCGGAUUUGAUGUAUGUCUUCUCCCACUCUCCUCUCCUGUUGGCGACGGGCUUCGGCUUUACCACUGUUAUCACGUUUGCUAUCCUCUACAGGUUUCUGGCGUCUCCAUAUCGCUUGCUGAGCAAUCAUGGAAUCAGGGGCCCAACACCUCUUCCCCUACUAGGGAAUUUCUUGAGCAUAAACAAGGUUGGGCAUGAUCGUUUUCUGGAGGAGCAGAUUGAAACAUUCGGGAAAGUUUUUGGAUACUAUGUCGGCACCACCCCAAAGGUUGCCAUAACUGAUGUUGAGAUAGCAAAGGAGAUAAUGGUGAAAGAAUUCGAGAACUUCAGUGACAGGGGAUUCAUAGGUCCACCUAGCCUCAUUCCAAAGGCACUGGGAGUCCAGCCUGGAAUGAUAGUGUCUAGUGUGGAGAUAUGGAGGCCAGGGCGACGUGCUCUCACUCCAUCAUUCUCAGCCAUGAAGAUGAAGCUGAUGGUGCCACUGAUAAAAAAGAGCACUGGUGUUCUUCUGGAUAUACUGGGAGGGUUUGCUGAGUCAGACAAGAGUGUAGAGGUUUUCGGGUAAUUUCACACUUACCCAUCUCUUAUAUAGUUUAGUUUAUUUCUACCAUACACCAUAAUCAUAGUCAAUCAUGCUACAGAGUGUAUGGAGGGUUCACAAUGGAGACUCUGAUGGCCACAGCAUUUGGCCAGGAUGUGGCUGUUCAGAGAGGAGAGGGGGACCAGGUCUCCAAGGCUGCUGACACUGUCUUCAGGGCAGCUGAGGAAGGAUCUGCCCUUUCGGUUGAUGUGCUAGGAUUGAUUCUCUCAAGCUUCCCUUGCCUGGAACCACUGAUACUGCGAGCUGUGCGCAACUCUGAAGCAGGAAGUGCAGUAAAGCUAAUGAAUGAUUCUGCCAUUCAUCUCAUUGAGGCCAGAAUGCAGAGUCAACAUCCUCCAAAGGUGAAGGAUUUGCUUCAACUUAUGAUAGAUGCAACUGUUGAUGAAGAUAAUGGUGACAAUUCUUCCAGGAAAAAAUUAACCAGCACUGAAAUUGCAGGGUUUUCAGUUGACUUCUUCCUGGCUGGCUACGAGACCACGGCCACCACCCUGGGGUUUACCUCCUACCUCCUGGCAAUGAACACUCAUGUUCAGGAGAAGCUGCAAGUUGAGAUUGAUGAAUACUUUGAGGAAAAUCCAGACGGUUCUUUGUAUGAAGCAGCUCAAAAGCUAAAGUACCUGGAGAUGGUCCUCUUUGAGUCCAUGAGGCUCUACACACCGAUCCCAAAAACUCAGCGUCACUGCUACAAGACCGUGACAGUUGGUGGAGUGACUAUUCCUAAGGGAGCUGAUGCAUUGAUUCCUAUUGAUGUCAUCCACCAUAUGCCACAGUACUGGCCAGACCCUUACAAGUUUGAUCCUGAGAGGUUCACAGCUGAGGCAAAGGCCAAUCGACCGCAGUUGGCUUACAUGCCAUUUGGUUGGGGUCCUCGCAACUGUAUUGGACUCAGGUUUGCUCUUCUGGAGGCUAAGAUUGCUCUCAUGGAGAUUCUCAGGAAGUACAGCUUUGCCCGCGCACCAGAAACUGUGGAAAACCUGAAGCCAUCAACUGGCCUUACAUUAACUCCUAAGGGAGGAGUGCUGCUAAAGAUCUUACCAAGAACUUAAACUCUUUAAAUAAACUGCUGAUACACUGAUAGCCAUAUUUUAUAUUCCAAAAGAGUGCACAUUUUUGCCUUGCAAUUGGUUAUUAACCCUUGGCCAGCCAUGGGCAUAAUAUAUAUAUUUAUUUUGACUUGCGUGGGCGGAUCAAAGGAGCCGCGCAUACUCUUAUUUCCCGUAUUGUAGCACG